AUGAUAAUAAAGAAAAUAGCCAUUGAUGAAAAUGAUAAAUUGAUACAUAACAAAAACAAUUCUUUACAAAAAAUAGAAAAAACAAAAAAGAAAUAUGUCAACUCCAAUUUAAACACUAUUACAAGUCAAAAUUUUAUGAGUAAUGUUGAAAAUGAAAAUUUUCAAUGGGAUCAUAUUAAUAAUGGAGAAGAAAAUACAAAAUUUGAAAAAAAUAACAAAAAAAUAAUAAUGAAUAAUAGUAAUGCAAAUACGGAUUUUUAUACUCCUGAACAAGAUAACUGGGUACAAUGUGACCUAUGCGAAAAAUGGAGAAAAUUACCUGCAAAUAUUGAUAUGAAUAAUUUACCAAAAAAAUGGUAUUGUAAUUUAAAUAAUGACGAGAAAUAUAAUUCUUGUGAUAUUGAAGAAGAGUUACUUAUCUAUAAUAAUGACUUAAGCAAAAAUUCCCUUUCAGGGAAUCUCACUGUUGAUAUUGUUAAUGAGUAUGAAAAGGGUGUGAACACAGAUAAUAUUAUUAACAAAGGUAAUCAUAAUGAUGGUCAUAAUGAUGGUCAUAAUGAUGACCAUAUUGAUGACCAUAAUGAUGGUAAAACCACGUUUAUCUCUUCCACAAUUGACCAAAAUACAUAUUAUGAUGAGAAUGUACAAGAUUAUUUAAGUGACAAAAAAUCAUCCGAUUCGAGAACAUCAUAUACUGAUGCAAAUGAGUUUGUAAUCAGUGAAAAAUCCAAAGGGUUUCAUCGUAAUAGUACUGAUAAGAAUAUAAAAAAUAAUCAGUAUGACCAUAAGAAUUUCAGUAAAUCCGAACUGAAUGGAGAAAUUUUCAUUCAUGGUAAAAAUAACUCAUCAUGUGAAAUUGUUAACAAAUCGGUGUUUCAUUUUGGAAAUGCUAGUAAAACAGAUUGUGUGAAUAUAGUGAAAAAAAAAAAAUAUAUAAGUAAGAGCAGGAGUGUUUAUGACCACAUGAAUGAUGAAAGCUGUUGUAAAAGUCAUGACGACAGCGACGAUGGAAGGAGUUGCAAUUCCCACGACAUGAACACCUUGCAGGAGAGCAUAAACACCAAAUGGAAAAAUGGAAAAAAAGGAAUAAAUCUGUUGAAAAAAACUUAUAAGAAAGGAGAAGAAGUAGGAAGAAUAUCAGGGAGCGAUAACAAAUGUAACGCACGUGUCAAGAAUGCACAGUUCGAUAUGGAUCCUAGUAGUUUUCCAAAGAAUAAGGACUUCACUAAUCCAUUUAUAAAGCAGAAGAAGAAGAAACGGAAGAACAUAAUAACUAGGCACAAAAGAAGCAACAGUGAUGGAAACAUUUACGAGAAAAAAAGAAAUAGAAAUGAAAAUCAUCUGUACAGAACCCAUACAAGUGACACUGAUAUAAACAAAACAGGCAAUGUAAAAAAAUUUAAAAACUAUAAAAAAAAAAUUAAUAAUUCGAUCACCCCAUUUUAUUCAUAUAUGCACUCAAUCAUUAACAUAAAUUUGAAAAAAAAAAUAAACAAACCUAUGAAUGAGGUAAAAAGCCAGAAGAGGAGAAAUAACAAAAAAGGAGUAGAUGUAAAUCAAAACGGAAUUACAACAUACGAAAUGAAGGAGAAAAUAGAAGACGAUAAUAGCAACACUGAUAAGUAUAUCAUCCCAGUUGGUGUGUCAAUGGACAGAAAAAAAAAAAAUAAUUGUAAAAAAAAAAAAUAUAGCGAUACAGAUCAAGAAAUAAAUAACAACACUAUGGGGGAAAAAAAAAGUCAGAAAACUAAAAAUUAUCCUGCUCAGAUGAAACAUGAAGUGGAUGGAAAUGUAAAUUUUAUUAAGCACACGCCAAACGAAAGAGAAGAAGACCAUGGUGAUGAUUAUAUUGCAAUGGACAAACAAAAUAAUGGAUUUCUUCUUCACCAUAGUGAUGUUAUUCUAAAUGAUCGAACGACAUAUGGAAGAAUGCAUGAUUUGAAUAUAAAUCCUACAUACACACCAAAAAAAAAUUAUGAUAUUUAUGAUGAGCAUAAUACCAAUCUCGCUUCAAAUAAAAUGGUGUAUUAUAAUUCACCAAAUAGUAACAAUAAUGACGAAACAGAAGAGGCAAUUAAUUCCUCUGAUGGAGUCAAACGAAUGAACGCAAGUAAUAGUGCAGAAAAUGGAACUAUUACUGGUGCAUCGAAUAAUGUAGUAAAUUGGGUACAAUGUGAAGAUUGUAAAAAAUGGAGAAAAGUGGAUGCACAUAUCAACAUUAGUAUGCUACCGGACGAAUGGUAUUGUUCUCUUAACUUCUGGAGUAAAUAUAACAUUUGUGAAAUGGAAGAAGAAAUACUCAUUGAAGAAAAUGUGAACACAGAAUCUCAGCAAUGUUCUGACAGAAUGCAAGAGGAAGAAGAAAAUCUCCCAAUGUUGAGUUCUUCAUUGUCAGAUAAAAAAAGUGAAAAAAAUGAUAAUAGGUGUCAUAAAAACGAACGAAAUAACAAGAAAAACAUAGCAAAGAUGACCAACAACAAUUCAUGUCAAACCCCAGAUAAACUUAACAAUCAGGGAAAAAGUAAAACAAAGAAAAAGAAUCGAAGUGUUAAUAGCAGAACAAAUAACAACACCGAUGCGAUAAAAAUGAAAGAAAAGAAAAUUUCUUUGUUGAAUAAAUCCAACAAAAAAUCACCCAAAGGAGGUAAUUCAGUUGAGGUAAAUAUAUCAAAUAUAAAUUUGCAGGGUUUAAAAAAUAACAUGCUGAGUGAAUACAUGAUGAUGGACGAUAAUAAAACUUUUCUUUCUUACAUUAAAGAAAAUAAAUUCAUUGAUAAUUUUAAGGAGUACGAGUUUUAUAGCCAUAUGCUGAGAUACAAUUACUCCUUACCCCCAAAUUAUUAUGAUUUAAAAAACCCGUUUUACAAAAUGGAAGGAGUAGAAGAGAAUAAAAGCAGCAACAGUGAUAUAAUGUGUUCAGAUAACAAAGGAGAAAAACAUAUCUUAACGAGAGAAGAGUUAUUUAACAAUUUGCCAGUUUCAACAUGUGUGUCACGCGAAAGGUAUAAUAUGCCAAUACAUUCGUCAUACACAUCUAUGUGCUCACAGGAAGGGAACUUUUUUAAUGAUGGAUUUGUAAAAAACCACAAUAGGAGUAGUAGUAAUAGCCACCUUAUUAUGCAUAAUGAAAAUGAAAAUAAUAAUAAUAAUAAUAAUAAUAAUAAUAAUAAUAAUAAUAAUAAUAAUAAUAAUAAUAAUAAUAAUAAUACUUCAUUUGAGGGGCUAGAAGAGAGAAAAAACAAAUCUAGCAGCCAUUUUCAAGAGGAUGUUAAUAAAUAUUGGCAUUUAUUAAAUGAUGGGAAAUUAAAUUAUUAUUUAAAUAAUGCAAAUAUGUAUAAAAUGUUUCAUUAUUUGCCAAAAUAUGAUUACUGCAAAUAUUACAACACGAUUGAUAGUCAAAUUAAUGAGGAAGAAUUAAUGAACAAGAAAAAAAAAACCCUUUUGGAAAAAAAUAGAAAUAUGGAGAACAGCACUAAUACUAGUUUUUCAUAUUGUCCUUCCAUUUGUUUAGAUGAAUAUAAGAUGAAGAGAUCCAAUUCUCACAAUUUGGUAUGGGAUAGUGGAAACGAGGUCUAUACCAAUUCCACACUAGUGAAACAGGAGUUAGAAAAAAAUUACCUUUCUGACGGUAUCCUACAAAUAAAGAAAAACAAAAGAAGAAAGUUCAUUAAAAAGAAUCGUGAUUGUAAUAAUUACAUGGAACAAAAAUCGAAAGCAUCUCAAUUUUUACAUUUUAACAAAGAUAAUAAUAAUAAUGAGCAUGAGGAUGAUGAUUUUUAUUCCUUAAAUAAUGAUAACUCCACGAGUAAUUAUAAAUUUAUAAAAAGUGAAUGCAGGUCAUCAUCAUACCCUGUGGUUGUAGAACCGAAACAUUAUGAGAAAAAUAUCGUAAGAUAUAAUUCGCAUCAAAAAAGAAAAAUUCAGUACAUGAUAAAAAAUUUAUAUAAAACAAAUACUCCUUUGCAUAAUUACAAAGGGGAUAAUAGUACUAGUGGUGGUUCUAGCACCACACAUCGAGAUGUACUAAUGGAAAAUCAUAGGGAAGAUGAUGAUAUGAAUGAGAAUGAUAAAGAACAGAAAGAGAACAAUAAAGAAGGUUAUAAUAACAUCAAACUUUGUGAUCUACUAGUUAAGAGGAUGCAAAUGGAUGAUAACUACAAAGGUACAAUUAUUAAUAGAAAUAUAAAUUUAGAAGUACCAUAUAUCAAAAUCUCAGAUAAAGGAGUCUUAGAUUCGAAAUGUACUACUGUUCAGGAAGGGGAGGAGGGGGAAGGUCAUAAUUAUGAGGAUACAUAUUUGCAUACUCAUGUGAAUAAUGAAAAUGAAUCUGUCAGUAGAGGGGAAAAAUCUCUAUUUGUUGGAAAAACUAACAUGGAUGGUAAUUAUGAAACAUAUUUUGAGAAUUCCCUUCAGAACGAAAAAAAACAUGAACUAAGUCAAAUGUAUUGCAAUAGCACGAUUAACAACAAAAGGAAUAAUGAUUCCUAUGAUCCAAAUAUUAGUUCUAUUGCUACUUAUCAUUUUAAUGAUGAAGACAUGGAUAGAAAAAUUGUAUCUCAUUAUCUACGUCACAAUAAUAUUGAUAAAAUAAUUGGAGGGAAAGAAGGAGACUUAAAUUGUCAUACCUCUAUUGUCGACAUGAACAGACCAAUUUGGGAAAAUGAUCUAAAUAGUACAUUUAUUGAUAAUAUUCAAAGAUUGCCAAGUGACACGAAGAAGAGUGCUAUUCUUGAUGGUGGAAGUAGCACAAUUUUUAAAAGUGAAGAAAAAAUAAUGUGUAAAUACAGGGAUGACUCAAAAAUUCAGGAACAGCAAGAAGGGGAUAAUAGAUUGACUGAUCUGUAUUCAAAGAAUUAUAUAGACGAAAGAAAUUAUGACAGUAUUUUGCUGCGAACGAAGAAAAGUAAAUCUUUAAGCAAGUUAGAAGAAUCGCCUCAUUAUUUUUUUCCCUUGGAUAGAAAUCAGCGUAAUUUUCUCAUAAAUAAUAGUGCUAAUAAUAACAGUAGUAAUAGUAAUAAUAAUAGCAGUAGUAAUAAUAAUAGCAGUAGUAAUAAUAAUAGCAGUAGUAAUAAUAAUAAUAAUAGCAAUAACAAUAGUAGUAAUAAUAACAGACCCCAAAACAGCCCAUGUAAUAGAACAAAUUUCGAAGACUACGCCGAUUUACAUCGAGAUGACAUUGCUAAUGGUGAAGUUGGUGCAAAUAUCUCGGGUAUGCAUUUAGAGAAUCUUAUGAGAGACAAUUUCAUAAGUAAAUAUUAUGCCAAAUUGAAAAAUGAAAAAAUUGAUACAUAUAUUAAGAACGAUUUUAACACAUUAUUAACUUCAGAUGACUAUAUUAAACUUGGAGAAUACCUAAAACGAGGUAGAGGAGGAAGUCAUACUAAUCACUUUGAAUAUAUUUCCAUGAAAACUGAUAGUAAAGAGGAAAAAAGUAUUCAUAACAGAAAUGCAAUUACUUCAACCCAUGAUAACUCCAUUUUAAGAAACAUUUACUUUAACAGCUUACCUAACUUUUAUUCACUUAAUAAAUUAAUGACAAGAAUUCCUCUGAGCCAUGAAAUGAGUGAAAGUAAUUACACCCACACCGAGACUGACGUGGGAAUAAUUGGACCUACUGGAAUUACAAAUGUAUUCUCAGGAAUGGUAAAAAACGAUGAUGACGUUAGUAAUAAUAACAAUAAACAGAGCAAGAGGCACACUCAAGCAAAUUCGCAGAAGAAUUCCAUAAAGGGUUCAAAGAUUUUGUGCAGAAGUGAGACAAACUCGAAAAGCCCAUCUAAGCACGUGGGAAACAGUAAAAAAGGUAGCGAAAAAAGUAACGAAAAAAGUAACGAAAAUAAAGGUAAAAAUGCAAAACUGAAAGGUAUCCACGUGGAUACACUGAGAAGCGAUAGUGUUGUAUGUGUUACCAGCAAACGAAUUCCUGAUCGGGGAGAGGAAAAGGAGAAAAACGAAAAAAUUGGGAAAGGCAAAAAGGUAGAGAGAAACGAGAAGGGAGAUAAGAAUGAUAGACAUGACAAGCACGUCCAAAAUGAUAGAAAUGAUAAACGCGCCCCAAAUGAUAGACAUGAGAAGCACGACGUGCAAGAUAACAACGAGUAUGUGACAUUCACAAUGGAUUACAACGAAAAUAAAAAUAUCAUCAAGGAACUUAUUAGGAAUCGAGCCAAUCUGUUAUCCGUAUGGACCCCAAGAGGGAGUGUAUCAUCAUCUUCAUUACAUGAGAAGUUAUUAUCACAUGGUAACAGCACGAAUAAGAGGGAAUCGUACAAGGGAGACCGAAUAAAAACAACCAUACUGAAUGCAAAGAAUUUGAAGAAACACAUCUUAAGUAACCGUGUCAUCAUAUAUUCUAAAGGUGGAGUAUCCCUAGCAUAUAAUGUAGAUGAAAUAAAUAAAAAUAGUAUUUUUUUUUACAGCAAUGAAGAAAGCAGUCUUAACAAUAAUGCAAAUAAUGGAACAAGUACCAUUAACAGUGCUGUCAGUAAUGCGACCAUUAAUAAUAACAGCAAUAACAACAAUAGCAGUAGUAAUAAAAGCAAAAAAACUCACGAUGAUGUUAAUAAAGAUUUGCUGAAUGAUAUUGAGAACAAUAAUAUAUACUUCAAUUAUGCGCAUAAUAUAAAUUUUAAUGAAAUGAAGAAUAACGAUUCCAAUAAAGUAAAAAAAGUUACGACUUCUGUUUUUUCUUAUGAUUACAAAAAAAUUAUUAACGAAAUUAGUCUUUUCAAUGAUAACAUAAAAUAUCAGAUACCUCAUUUGAAAUAUAAAUUCAAAAAAUAUGUUCACGUUCAGGAUGAUAGUAAUCCUAACAAGAAAAAGAGCAACGCUAACGAUUCUGACAAAAAUGAAACUACGAUUUUUUCUUCCCAGGUCCAGAACCAUGCAAAUGUAAUUGAUGACACAUUGCAAAUACAAAGUAGCAAUGAUAUCCACACGUUGAUUCCACAUACCAGUACUGAUAAGAAAAAUAAGGGAAAAAAAAAUUCUCCUAAAAACAAGGUAGAAGAAUCAUCACCCAUAGGAGCAGCAUCAGAUGAUUACUUAAAAAAAUACGCACAGAAGAACAAUAACCUAGAUCACAAUCAGAAGAAUCUAAAACAGAUUACUAUGAAUAAAGCACAAAAAGGACGUACGAAUGAAUUGCUACUAAAAGAAGAAGAAAAAAAAAUGAGAAAAAACAAACCUUCUGAGUUCCCACUAAAUAAUAAGAAAUCAUUUUCAUUUGAUGUCCAAAAUGAAUCAUGCAUCAUGGGGGAAGAAGAAAAUGCAAAUGAAAAAAAUAAUAACAACGAUUUGAUUAUUUCUUCACUCAAAGAGCGCCAUUAUUACAGUGUCAAGGAUAGGAAGAAGUAUGACGAACAGAUUAAAAAUUGCAACGUGGAUAAUAAUGCACCCGCUACAUAUGCAAAUCCAAAUGUAAGGGAAAAUAUUAUAGAAUCAUUUCAAAAUGGUGAAUGUAUAGAGAAGAAACCAGAAAAUGUCAUGAUUAGUCAUAUCAAAUCGAAGAAGAAAGGUAGUAACAAAAGUAAUACUUACAUCGAUAGAAACGGAAUCAAUAGCGAGGCAGUAGCAAUAGUUGACCGAUUUCACAAAAAGAAGAAAGAAAAUGGAAAGGCCAAAAAAAAAACGACACCAAAAAAUUCUGAAAAAAAAAACAAAUUAGAUCAAGUAAAUGUUCUAACAAAUGUUUUAGCAAAUGAAAUUGAUAACACUCUGGUGAAUCAGCCCCUUCCAAAUGAACUGCGUACAAACGUGAAAGAGUACAAAAUUGAAUCACCGAAGAAGAAGCAGAAACCAUAUUCUUCCAACUGCAAUGAGCAAAGUGACAGAGAUGGAAAAAAGAAGAAAAAGGAUGAAGAACAAGAAGCUGAAGAAAUGGAAGAAAAGAAAAAACAACAUGAUGAGGAAAUGAUGAUUAAUAGGAGUGAGAAAAAUGCAAAGAAUGAUGAUGGGCAGUACUCCAAUUUCGAGGAAGAAGAUGAAGCAACGCAUAUGCCAGAAGAGGAGGAUAUAUGUACCGAGGAAAACCCGGGUAUUAAAAGGGAGGAAAAGAAUAACACUAGCAAUGAUAAUUAUAAAAACGAUGAGAAUAGCAGUAAUAAUAACAAUGACAAUGGUAAUAGUAAUGACAAUAGUAAUGACAAUAGUAAUGACAAUAGUAAUGACAAUAGUAAUAGUAAUGACAAUAGUAAUGACAAUAGUAAUAAUGAGCGAGAGAAACGAAUGAACAAAAUGGGAAAGAAUCAAGUAGCAGAUAUCUGUAGCUUUCCUUUAGCCUCCUUCAAAGCACGUGGUAGUAUUGAAAAGGAUGAUUUUGAACAAGAUCGAAAGAAGACACAGAAUGGAGACAGUGAGUACGUCUAUGAUGAUAAUGCAACAAGUGAUACCAUCACAAAUGCAUAUGUGAAAAAAAUAAAGAUGCACGAUCUGAACAAGGGCAAGUGCUCCUAUGACAAGGGUAAUAAAAAAAAUUCUAUUUACACAUCACGUAAAUUAGGAGCAGGUAAAAAAAACAUUAAGGAUAAGGAAGAAAAAGAAGAAAAGUCGAUAGAUAAUGAUUUAAAAGAUAUAGAUGAAGAAAACAGUCUUGGAAUCGAAAAUUCUCAGUACAGUGGAAAAAUAAAUGGAAAGAACGACACAAAUCAGGUGUCAACUAAAGUGGAAAAACAACUCAACCUGGAUAAUAAAACAAGAGAGAAGAAAUUAAGAUGUACUAAAAAUCAUGAUGACCGUAAUGAUGAAUGUAUAGUUAAUGACAAAUAUAGUGAUAAGGGAAGAGAAGAAGAAGAAAGAAGAGAUGAAGAAAGGAACAAAGUUGUAGAUAAAAAAAUACGCAAUAACAAAGGAGUCGAAAUGGAUACGCCUUGCCAUAUGGAGGAUUAUAACAAUAUUUCAAAAAGUGCAAAAGUUCACAAAGGAGAAAAUAAUAUUAAUAAUAUGCACCAUACCAAGGGUCCGAAUCGUAAACGUAAAAUCGAUCAACAUUUAAAAUAUGGUAGCCGAACAAACAGCACGGAAAGAAAAGAAUUGUGUAUUCAAAAAAAUGAGAAAAAAGAUGAUCAUAUACAUAAUUCUUUUGAUAAUCAUCAUGUUCGAAAUGAGGAGCCACAGAACAAGAAGGAGAAACAUACACAUUAUAAUUUCGACAAAACAUCAGAUAGAUAUUAUUAUGAAAAUUACAGAAAAGAAGUAGAAAAUGAAUGUAUACCUAGAUCAUCCAAAAGGAAAGAGCAGGAGGAAGUGGAUGAAUCUUUUAUGAUGAAGACAGAUGCUGGAUACAUGAAUGAAAAAGAAAUAGAACGAACUCAGAAACAAAAAGGGAGUAGCGAAGAUGAUCCUAUUAGACCCUGCUUCAAGAAGAGAGCCAAGACACAUGAUUACAAGGAUGCCCAAGAUGAUUACCAAGGAAGACGACAACACAGCUUUAAAGGUAGUGAUUUAAACGGUAGUUAUAACCAUAGUGAAAGCAAAUCAAGUUUGAAUAACGAUCGGGCCAUUAGAACUUCAUGCACUACUGCCUCUAUGGAUGAGAAGUACGGCUAUAGGAACAGUGAUAGGAACAGCGAUAGGAACAGCGAUAGGCAUAGUGACAAGCAUAGCCAUAGGAACAGUGAUAGGCAUAGCCAUAGGAACAGUGAUAGGCAUAGCCAUAGGAACAGUGAUAAAAACCUUGACAAAGGUGAGAAAUAUAAAAAUUAUCAGCCGACGUAUGACGAAAGGGGCGAUAGAGGAUACAGCAGGUAUAACGGAAAACACAAGUUGAGGUACGACGAGGAGGAAGCAGGUAGUAGUAAUAGGUAUGAUAAAUAUGCAAGGUAUGAAACGCAUGGAAGAUACGAAAAAAACUACGAUAGACAAAGUUAUAGCAAUUGGCAUGCCCGUGGUGAGAAACAUGACAGGUACUACAAUAAUGUACACGAAUAUGAAGAGAAAAAUGCAAAGAGAGUGGAGGAACAUUUUAAAAAUGUAAAUUAUGAGAACAGACAUGUUCUUAACUCUAGCAGUCGAAAAAAUAGUAGCCACAGCCCUAUUAACAGAAACAGCCACCAUUCGGAGGACAAAGAAAAAGGGUUCUUAAAUAGGAAUUAUAAAAGAGAAAGGAAGGAAUGGGAUCAAUGGGAUCAACGGGAACAACGAGAGAAAGGCGAAGAAAGAGGAGAAGAAAAGGAAAAGAAUUAUUCAAAACAUACAGAAAAAAAAAACAAGUAUGGUUAUAUGAAAAGCGAUUACAAAGGUAGAUACGUGGACAGAGACAAGGAUGAUGAAUGUUAUAGCAGAAAGAAAAAACAGAAUAAUCAUGAGCUUGAAGAGAAUGACCAAAACCAUUUUAUGGACAAUCACAAUCGCUAUAGUAGAUCGGGUGACAAUCAUCAUCAUCAUAAUAAUAGUCGCCAUGACAGCAAUCAUUACGACAAACAUUACGACAAGAAUUAUGACAAGCAUUACGACAAACAUUACGACAAGAAUUAUGACAAGCAUUACGACAAACAUUACGACAAGAAUUAUGACAAGAAUUAUGACAAGAAUUAUGACAAGCAUUACGACAAGCAUUAUGAUAACCGUUACAAUAAUCAUCAUCAUAGCAAUUAUCAUUAUCAUCGCCCAGGAGAUUUUAGCAGGAAAUUUACAAACAAAAGUUAUAAAUAUAACCAUUUCCAUGAGGGAUAG